CACAUGAGUAAAGUGACACUUUUAUCCCUCCUCAAGGGGGCCCCUCUCUCAGCAGCCAGCCAACCACGUGAUCUCGGCUGCCGGCAAAAAAGAAAACCUCCUCAGAGUCGGCAGUCAUCAUGAAGCGGAAUUAUGCUUCAGGAAGCCAGAAAAGAAAGAAGAGAAAGGAAGAAGAGGAUAAGAAAAAACAAGAUACUGGCUUCCUGUUUUCCUUGUCAAAGUCUGUUCGAAAAGCAGAGAAUGACGUCUUACUAGAUACAAUUGCUCUAAGGAAAGCUUUUAGGAAUGGAGACACAAUAUACAAAUCCUCAACUAACCCGCAGGACCAGUACUCUAUGGAUGAAGGCGAGGAAGAACGAAGCAUAAAGAGUGUAGGGUCCGAAAACAGUUACUUCAGUCAUGAUGUUAACCCAUUAAAUGUCGGCGUGAAACAGAUUCCAUAUUCAUCACUUAAGAGUGCACCUCAAAAUUCUGAGAAUGGAGAUGAGAAUGUUGAGCUAACGCAUGAAAGAAGAGAUAUCGGGGAAGAAGAAAAUGCAGCAAAGUUCCCAAUUGGCAGAAGAGACUUUGAUAUGCUCCGAUGCAUGCUGGGAAGAGUUUAUCGACCUUGCUGGCAGAUCUGAAGAUUUUACAAGUCGUGGUCACCUGAAUGAUGCAGAGUGCCUGGACAACUAAAAACACGGCUAAAAACAUACAUUUUGCAUUAUGUAUUAAUGUAAAUAAAAAUUGU